CUGACUCGUUCCACGCGGACAAAACAGGGGACCAGGGGUGCUGCUGGGACGUGAGGGGCGCUGAUUGGAUUGGGCGCUGCUGACACGACACGAAUAAACAGAAAAAUCCCUAUCGGUGAAUAAGGUUAAUAAGGUUCGUUGACCUGUGUUUCCAAAACGUUACAGAGCGUUUCCAUGUGGUGAAAGACAAUCCGAACCACUUCUUCCCGUUCCAUCACUUCCAAAUCCCUCAAAAUCUGAGCAACAAAUUCCUCCUAAGCCAAGCCAGCUGUCUUGGACCACACGCAUAAAAAGUCAUCCUCUUGUACCAAGGUUCCCCACCGCAGCGCUCCCUCCUGGAAGACGUGAUACGCGGUAUAGCCUGGGCUGGGAAUCCGAAACCGCGCGGGCUCUCUCGAAAGAAAAGGCAAUCGGUUAUCGACGGUCGGCGAGAGUCGCCGCGGCGUUGACGCGACUCAAGAUCAAGCAAAGAAACCUUUUUUCGUUACCUCUUGCACGCGGCUCCUGCAUUUGCCAUCAUCGCAGCGUCGAGAAAGAGGCUGUUCCGUAACGGUUCUGGGGAUACCGUCCUCCUGGCGGUGCCUCCAAUCCAACGACAGUCCCGUUUACAAGAAAAGAAAGAAAAGAAAGAAAGCAAAAAGUGGCUGUUCCUUAACGGCGAAAAUGGCGGAGUCCCUCCCCACUGGUGUUGCCCUCGGGUGCAGCGGCAGCUCGAGGCGAGUCGCUAGCGACGCCAUGAUGAUGUCGGCGAAUCAAGCCGUUUCUCCCAACGGCAGUGGCGCUGGAACUUCAACUGUCAACGGCAAGGGCAAUGCCACUGCCAAUGUUAAUGGCAACAACAAUGGCGACCUGCCACUCCCCAAAAAAGACGACGCCAUCAGCAACGCGGCCGCCACUGACGCUCCGCUUCCCGUUGAUAAGACCGCAAAGGAUGACGACCACGACGACCACGACGACCACGACCACGAUGGCGAAGAGGAGCCGCCCCCUCCGCGGCAGAACAAGCAGCGGCGGCGGCGCUUCGGCAUCCGCGCCGUGGGGGGCGCCGUGGAUCGCGGGCUGAUCGCGCUCUUCGGCGCCAUAGCGCGCGCGGUGGCGCAGCGGCCGGUGGCGGUGCUGGCGGUGAUGGGGGCGCUGGGGCUGCUGAUGGGCGCGGGGCUGGCGCGCAUCAACGUGGUGACUGACUACGAGGCGCUCUACACGCCGCAGAAGAACAUGGCGUUUAAAGACCGGGACUAUGUGGAGCAGCGGUUUGGGUACGAGCCGCUGGACGUGAAGGUGUACGCAGUGGGCAAGGGCGACAGCAACAGCAGCGUGCUCACGCAACCCGCGCUGCUCACGCUGCUCGACGUGUACCGCCUCAUGGCCAACCUGACAGUAUCAUUCAACGGGUCGAGCUUCUCUCUGGUGAGCCCGCGCAUCUGCUACCGCCCGGGGGGGCCCAGGUCGCCGUGCAGCGUGGAGAGCCCGCUGGACUACUGGGGGUACAGCGAGGCGGCCAUUCGCAGCGACACGGACCUGCUUGCUACCAUCAACAACCCUCGUGCUGUGAACCGUCUGGGGCAGCCGUUGUCCCCCGAGUCUGUGUUCGGCCUCGUCACUCGCGGCCCGCCCCUUGCUGCUGCCCCUGCCACCGCUGGUAACAGCAGCAGCAACAGCAGCUCGGGCACUGUGUCGGGAGCAGCUGGCGCGGGCAGCGGCAUGGGGGCGGUGGUGGACGUGAAGGCGAUGCGGCUGACGGUGUGGCUGCAGAACAACCGGGAGGGCCGUGGCAGCUCGAGCGUGGACCCGUACACGCAGGCGUGGCAGAAGGCGCUGGUGCCCCUAAUCAAAGCGUACAAGAGCGAGGCAGUGGAUGUGUAUGUGCUGUCGCCGUGGGACGAGAAUGAUACGAGUGACACUGCCAUCUACAGCGAUGUUUCCAUGCUCAUGGCAGGCUACCUUCUGCUGUUCCUGUAUGGGCUGGUGAUCCUAUCGAAGCCGCACCCGGUGGAGUCACGUGCGUACAUGGGGCUGGUGAACGUGGUGUCUGUGGGGCUCGCCGCUUUCAGCGCCUACGGGCUCUGCAGCCUCGUGGGUCUUGGCUUCAGCCUCGUCAGCCAGGUGCUGGCGCUGCUGCUGCUGGGGCUGGGCACAGAUGACAUGCUCGUGACCAUGGCGGCUCAUGAAGAGACGGCUCGUGAGUACCCCCUGGCGACGUCGUCCGUGGUGGACCGGGUGGUGGCCACGGUAUCGCGGGCGCGGCGCGGUGUGAUCGUGGCGGCGCUCACCAACUUCGUCGCCUUCUGCACCGGGAUCAUCUCCGAGCUGCCUGCUCUCAGGGACUUCAUGAUCUACGCGGCAGUCGGCGUGAUCCUCGUGCUCGUGUUCCAGUCCACCUUCUUCGUCGCCGCGCUCACUCUCGAUGUGCGCCGCCAGUGCGCACACCGCUGCGACACCUUCUGCUGCGUCGUCAGCAACGCGGGGCCCACGGACUCGUGCUGCCCCGGCCACAAGUAUGAUGGGAACCGCCCGGGAGUGGCACAGACCGUCAUCGGACAGUGGCUGCCCAUGAUCAUCCUGCACCCAGCCGGCAAGCUAGCAGUGCUCGCCCUAACCCUCACCAUCUUCGUCUUCGGGGUGAUCGGCAGUGUGCGCGUGCAGCAGAACUUUGACAUUGAGUGGUUCAUCCCAAACGGCUUCUAUCUCAAGGACGUCUACACCCUCCGCUCCGCCUACUUCACCUCGGCCCUCGGCAAGGGCGCGCUGCCCGUGGGCGUUUACACCACCAACCCUGCGUCGCCGCCGCUGGACUAUUUCUAUUAUCAGGAUGAGAUGCAGGCGGUCACUGCGAGUCUGAAGUCCAACCCAUACGUGUCAUCAGCGCCGCCAGUGGUGACGUGGUACGAUGCGUACCUCACAUGGCUGGCCAACUCCACACAUGCCGCCAACCUCACAGCGCAGGGGCGCCCCCCAUCGUCCCCUCUCUUCCAUGCGUGGCUGCACCAGUUCCUGCUGGCCCCCCAGGGCCGCCGCUUCACCACAGACGUGCUCUUCACUCGUGACACACUCACGCACGCCACCACGCCCACGGGGGUGGCGCAGCUGGAGCAGCCAUAUAAGAUGGUGGAGGCGUCUCGCACGCUCUGCUUCACCACCAACCUCAACGACAGCCCCCAGGAGGUCAGCGCCAUGCACUCCAUGCGGGCGUCGCUGGCAGCAGCAGCGCCGGCGCUGGGCGCGUUUCCAUACUCGUUUCCGUUCCUCUUCUUCGAGGGCUUCGCGGUCAUUCAGCGGGACACCAUCCUCGCCGUCGCGCUCUGUGCUGCCGUCGUCUUCCUCCUCAUGCUCCUGCUGCUGGGGGACCUGGUCGUCAGCGUGCUAGUGGGCCUCAUGGUAGCGAUGAUCGACAUCGAGCUGAUGGGGUUCCUGUACUGGGCGGGGCUCUCCUUCAAUGCAGUCACGUCCAUCAACCUCAUCCUCGCAAUCGGCAUCGCCGUCGAUUACUCUGCUUUCACCGCCUACUCCUUCCUCUCCCAGGUAGGGACGAGGCAGGAGCGUGCUCGCAAGGCGUUGGCUCAUCUGGGAGUGGCGGUGUUCAACGGAGGUUUCACUAUGUUCCUUGCUGUGCUGCCCCUCGCACUCGCCAAGUCCUUCAUCUUCCAAACCUUCUUCAAGAUGUUUUCGAUGAUAGUGCUUCUUGGGCUGUGGCACGGCUUGUGCACUUUGCCAGUGCUUCUGUCAUUCAUGGGCACUCCACCUUACGAGAGUGCACUGGAACGACACGAGCAAGUGCGAAGGCGCAUCGAGGACUCCAAGCAUGGAGAAGUUUCUGGGGACCAAAAUAAGAUGGAAUGGCAUGAGAGCAAGGCACAAGAUGCACCAAUGGUGCAAACAAUGGUGUAGUAUACAUGUUUUCUGUGCAUGUUCUGAUGUAUCUGAUUUCUGUUAGUGCUGGAAAUAUAUU